GAUUCUGUUUUCUUUCGUAUUUUUUGCGAAUGUUGUUGGUUUUUUUUCCUCUGGCCGUUGUUUUGGAAUUGGGGUUUUUGUUUGAUUGUCCGUUGAAUCGUCUAACGGGGUCUGUUCCCAUUUUUGGAGUUUUUGAAUCUUCAGUCAUUCUUGUGCUGGGACUGUAAUGGUGCCUCUGAAUUCCGUAAUUUCUGCUGGAUUCGAGCUGCCUGAGUUCGGGGUCAAUCGCGAAAUCCGGGGUUUAGGAAGGGAAUUUCACUUUCGCUUUCUGAUUUUGGGAAUUGGGAAGUAGGUCUGAUCCGUCUGAGACUAUCUCAAUAUUCUGGAAACUGGAAAUUUAGAUGAGAGCAUGCAAAGGAGCCUCUAUUUUUUUUUUAUCUAUCUUGAACAUAGAUGUGGUGUCAUCAAGCAGAUGAUUAGAUGCUUCCAGAAGAGCAUCCUGGAGUGCGUUCUUUCAGAUGAUUUGUAGUGGAUUUAUUACACCCGAACAGUGCCAUCAUGGGCAUCUGUCUGAUGAAAUGCUGUUCUUCAUGGCUUCUUUUGAUCUCAUUGCUUUGUGCCCUAACAAAUGAAAACCGUGCGAUCAGUCCUGAUGGUGAGGUGCUUCUGAGCUUCAGAAAUGCAAUUACUAGUUCUGAUGGUGUCAUUCGUCAGUGGAGACCAGAGGAUCCUGAUCCAUGUAGAUGGAAGGGGGUGACAUGUGAUGUGAAAACCAAAAGAGUUACAGCUUUGAGUCUUACAUAUCACAAACUAAGUGGACCUUUAUCUCCUGAUCUCGGAAAACUUGACCAGUUGAAGCUUUUAAUGCUUCACAACAAUAAUUUGUAUGGGUCAAUACCUACAGAAUUGGGAAAUUGCACAUCGUUGCAGGGAAUAUUCCUGCAGGGCAAUUACUUGAGUGGAUCGAUCCCAAGUGAACUGGGAAAACUGUCUGAGCUUCAACAUCUGGACGUCUCGAGCAACUCUCUUGGCGGAGCUAUCCCUGCUUCGCUUGGGCAUUUAGAAAAGCUUACAGAUUUCAAUGUAUCGAACAAUUUUCUGGUGGGGCAGAUACCAUCGGAUGGAAUAUUCUCCAAAUUUUCAAAGGACUCCUUCAUUGGGAAUCUAAAAUUGUGCGGAAAGCAAAUAGAUGUUGAGUGCAAAGAUGACAGUGGAAACCCUUCUAGAGAUUCCCAGUCUACAACAGGUCAAAAUCAAGGAGGAAAGAAGAACUCAGGCAGGCUGCUCAUUAGUGCCUCAGCAACUGUCGGUGCACUGCUCUUAGUGGCACUCAUGUGUUUCUGGGGAUGCUUUCUUUAUAAAAAGCUCGGUAAAGUCGAGAGCAAAAGCCUUGCCAUGGAUGUUGGUGGAGGUGCGUCUAUCGUGAUGUUCCAUGGAGACUUGCCCUACUCUUCCAAGGACAUCAUUAAGAAACUGGAAAUGCUGAAUGAAGAGCACAUAAUCGGCAUUGGAGGCUUUGGAACGGUGUACAAGCUCGCAAUGGAUGAUGGCAGUGUAUUUGCCUUGAAACGGAUAGUAAAGCUGAAUGAAGGGUUCGAUCGGUUCUUCGAGAGGGAGCUCGAAAUUCUCGGGAGCAUCAAGCAUCGUUACCUCGUGAAUCUACGUGGAUAUUGCAAUUCCCCCACAUCAAAGCUGCUACUAUAUGAUUAUCUUCCUGGCGGUACCCUUGAUGAAGCUCUUCACGAGCGAGGCGAGCAACUACUGGACUGGGAUUCACGUGUAAAUAUCAUCGUAGGAGCGGCAAAAGGGUUAUCAUACUUGCAUCAUGAUUGUUCUCCGAGGAUUAUACAUCGUGAUAUAAAGUCGAGCAACAUUCUGCUCGACGGAAAUCUCGAGGCUCGGGUAUCUGACUUUGGACUUGCCAAGUUGUUAGAAGAUGAAGAAUCUCAUAUUACAACCAUUGUAGCCGGCACAUUCGGAUACUUGGCUCCAGAGUAUAUGCAAAGCGGCAGAGCCACAGAGAAGAGUGAUGUUUACAGUUUCGGGGUUCUGGUUCUGGAAGUAUUGAGUGGAAAACGACCCACCGAUGCCUCCUUCAUCGAGAAAGGCCUUAACAUUGUCGGAUGGCUAAAUUUCCUAAUAAGCGAAAACCGGCAAAGGGAGAUCGUUGAUGGGAACUGUGAAGGGGUGCAGAUGGAGAGUCUGGACGCUCUUAUAUCGAUCGCCACCCAAUGCGUAUCGUCCAGUCCGGAAGAUCGUCCCACGAUGCAUCGGGUCGUCCAGUUACUCGAAUCCGAGGUCAUGACCCCUUGCCCCAGCGAUUUCUACGAUUCCAGCUCCGAUUAAUCACUUGAUUUUGCCCUUCCGGAUUCAAUUUUUCUCCCCAGAAACCUAUGGUUUCUGCAGUGAUGGUGAUGAAUGAUGGACUCAAAGGGCAUUAACCAUUUCCUGUGAGGGAACGGAACGGAACGGAACGCAGUCAUCGGAUGCCAUUUUCUUUCCCAAUUUUACAAUGUUCAAGCCCAUUCAUUUCUUGCCUCCUUUUUUAUUUGUUUUUUAAAUGUUUCUGAAAUUGGCAAAACCCUUCAUUUUGAAUUUGAAAUUAAAUGUAUAUGAUUUGGUUAA